AAUACAUAUGUAGUGUAGUGUUUAAUCUUCUUACAGUUUUAUAUUGUAAACUGAUCAUAACCUAAGGCAUGCGAAGGUUUGUGUGCAAUGAAGCACGCAAAUUCCCAUUACUAUGUAGUACCAAAAUCUUCAAUCAUAUGCAUUAUAUCGGACACAGUAAUUUUCAUUUGGUGGAUGUUGCUGCGGUGCAUUCCGAAUGUGGAACAAAUGCUGAGUUAGCAUUAUUUGAAGCCACUCGUGGAGUUAAACCAAAUUCUUUCGCACUUGUUAACCUAAUUGGAUUUGCCAGUCAACUGAAAUGUCCCUCGUUCGGAAAGCAAAUCCACAGUUACGUUUCACGUUCUGGCUAUUUUUCCAACAUCCAUGUCUCCACCUCCCUCGUCAAAUUUUACGUCAGAAUGCACUAUUUUAGUGACGCACACGCACUGUUCGAUGAAAUUUCUGAACCGAACGUCGUUACUUGGAACACUGUGAUAUCUGGGUACGUCCACGCUGGCCAGUUUCGAAGCGCUUUGACGUUUUUCAUGCGUCUAUACAGGUCCCACGUUCGUGCCGACGCGUUUUCGUUCACGUCUGUGUUGUUUGCUUGUUCCCAACUGAGCCUUUUCAAACUUGGAAGCUCAAUUCAUUGCAAGACAGUGAAACUGGGCAUGGAUGAUAGCACUGUGGUUGCAAACUGCUUGAUUGACAUGUAUGGGAAAUGUGGGCCUGUGGAACAUGCUGUAAAGGUGUUCUCCGAAACUGUUGAGAAGGACGCUAUUUCUUGGAACUCAAUCAUAGCGGCAAGUGCUAACAACGGAUACAUUGAACUUGCUUACAAGUUUUUGCACCUUAUGCCCAACCCUGAUACCGUUUCCUAUAAUGGCCUCAUAAAUGGAAUUGCUCAGGUGGGGAACAUGGAAGAUGCUGUUCGGGUUUUGUCAAGUCUGCCAAAUCCAAAUUCUUCUUCAUGGAAUUCUGUAAUUACGGGAUUUGUGAAUAGAAAUCGAGCUUGGGAAGCUUUGGACAUGUUCUGUAAAAUGCACUUGAGAAAUGUACAGAUAGAUGAGUUCACAUUUUCAAUCAUUUUAAGUGGAAUUGCAGGUUUGGCUGCCUUAAAGUGGGGAAUGUUGAUUCAUUGCUGCGCAGUAAAGUGCGGUUUAGAUGUUUCUAUAGUUGUUGGGAGUGCCCUAAUUGACAUGUACUCAAAAUGUGGGCAAGUUAAGAAUGCUGAAUCAAUGUUCCAUUCUCUGUGUGACAAGAAUUUGGUAAGCUGGAAUGCAAUGAUAUCUGGCUAUGCUCGCAAUGGUGAUUCUGGAUGUGUUAUCCGUCUCUUCAAGUUGCUGAAAAUGGAAAGAGAUAUAAAACCGGAUGGUAUCACGUUUCUUAACCUUAUAUCCGCUUGUUCCCAUGAUGAAAUACCAUUAGAAGAUGCAAUUGCUUACUUUCAAUCUAUGAUUGAGGAAUAUAAGAUUGCGCCAUCCAUUGAGCAUUGUUGUUCAAUGAUACGGCUCAUGGGGCAAAAAGGUGAGCUGUGGAGAGCAGAAAAGUUUAUACAUGAAUUUGGUUUUGAGUCUUGUGGAGUGGUCUGGAGGGCUUUGCUUGGUGCUUGUGGAACUCAGGAAGAUUUACAAGAAGCAGAGAUUGCAGCUGCCAAGGUGAUUGAAUUGGAGAGGGAUGAAGAUUAUGUUUAUGUGAUGAUGUCUAACAUGUAUGCAUCUUUUGGAAGAUGGGAAGAUGUAAAUUUAAUGAGGGGACUCAUGAACAGGAAAAGAGUUAAGAAAGAAGCGGGUUCUAGUUGGAUAGAAAUAGAUAGCUCUGUCUCGUCUCUAUGAACCCUAAGGGAGCUGUGUUCUCGAAGCCAGGAAUGAACAAAAUAUUAACAGCCAGCAUUGUCAAAAGUACAGUUCUGAUUACCUUAUCCGAAGAUAAUGAACGGAGCAUCAACCAUUGGUGAUGACAAUUGGUAAGAAAAUGUGCAAGGGAAAAAGGUAUUGAGGGAAGAGAGAGAGGUUAACCAUACAAAAUUAUUAUG